AUGUAUGUUCGAGGAACCGAUGAAGCCAGUUGGUGCAAAUACUUCCCAGCUAGCCUUAAAGGAGUAGCGUCCAAAUGGUUCGAACGGCUGCCCCCAAGAUCAAUUGCUUCCUUUAACGAGCUGCAAACCUUGUUUUCCACCAGGUUCAUGGAAUACAAGGAAGAAAGGAAAACAAGCAUGCACUUGGGACGCAUUCAACAAGGGAAAGACGAGUCUUUGCGAAGCUAUGUUAAACGUUUAAAUUUGGAAGCAGGACAGAUCCCAUAUCUGCCCGAUGGCGUCUCCUUCGAUAAUUUUAUCAGAGGACUGAAGAAGGGAUCAUUCAAAUUUGACUUGGUUAAGAAAAGUGUGCGAACGAUGGCAGAAGUCUUGGACGAGGCCGAAGGCUUUAUUCAUGCAAGAGAGACAUGCAGUGCGUCCAAGGAUGGAAAGGCUGGAGAGGCAACAGACUCCUCGGGGAAGAAAGAGAAUUUCGAUAGACAGGAAAGUCCCACGAAUAUAUGGUACUUGGGCUCUUUCGAAAGAACAUGA